AUGGAUUUGAAUUAUGUAAAAUGGAAAGGUUGGUUAGUUCUGCCAUUCCUUCUGCGUGGGUUGCUGCUUCUCUGUGGGUUGUUCCUUCUGUAUGGGGUGCCGGAGCGCAGUGACGCAGUGGUGGGAGGGAAGAAGGGGCAGCAGGGGGGAAGCGAGCACGGAGUAACCAUCUGGGAUGGAAGAGUCAUCACGCUCGCAGGUUUUAUAUCAGGUGGAAUGAAUUUUGUUAUAACUGGGGAAGGCGAUGUUAGGACAACAAAUGACACCUCUGGCAAGGACGAUGAUGAAAUAAGUAAUAGCAUUAGUCACAGGGUUAGAAGUACCAUUGGAGAAGGAUACCCUAGGAGGCUGUAUUUUUCCUGUGGAAACACACACGGAUGUGACGAAUUCCAUAUUGUUCACGAGACAAUGUACACCGGGGAUGAUCCCUCUGGUGAGGUUAGGCAGACUAUGCAAAACUGUGUACAGGUACCAAAUGAGCAUUUGCAAGAGGAUGCACGUGCAGGGGGGUUCUUGUUACCCCUCGGUGAAGACUCCCACCUUGGAGGGAUCCCCCAAGGGACAACACAUUCAUCAACGAUGUGCGAAGAGCAGUCCAUUAAGUGGAAGUGGGAAAUGGAAAGGGGAGCAUCAGCUUCAUUACCAUUUGGUCCCUCUAACAACCGCUUUAAUAUGCCCCCCAAUAAGUAUAACACGGCGAGGCGAAUUCUUGCUUCUACCAAGGAGGACGGUGCAGAAGCAUCCGGCAUGGGUGUAAAUAAAGGAGGUGAUACGUUUCAGGGAAGCGUGUUAAAUGUACAUUUUACCGAGAACAAAAAUUUGUAUACAAAUGUAAAUGUGGGAGGACAACCAUUGAAGCUUGCAUUGAAUAGUAGAGUGGAGGGCAUAUAUGUAUUUAUGAAGGACUCGCAAGCAUGCCACGUAGGUGAGGUGGAGGAGAAUACUCGGGUUUGCUACGACCCCAAGGCGUGUAAGAAAUGCACGUGGUGCAACAAUGACCUGUUGUGCCUGCCGGCCAUCCUGUCCAAGCCAUACGAAUGCUACAGUGAAAAAAAUUUACUUCUAGAAAAUAAAGGGGAGUACCCCAGCAUGUAUUAUGAUUCGUUGAAGUUCACAGAGAGCCACGUGGAGGGAUCAGACGACGUAGAGGUCGUUGAUUUGGUAGUGGCGGGAGGGGCCGCUAGCGAUGCAGGAAAGGAAGCAGCACAGGACGGACAACGAAAAGGGGUUAACGCGAAGGACAACAUUUUUCACAAUAAUGAUCUUAAGCUGGUCACGGACCUGAGCCUGUAUAAAGGGUGGAGCCUGUUCAAAGACACCGACGGGAUUAUGGGGUUGGCCGGAAAGGAACUGAGCUGCAGGAAUGUUAGUGCGUGGAACAGUAUAGUGGAGAAGAACAAGUCUUUGUAUGCCCUAGAUAUAAAUUUGCCUGAGGGAUCUGUGAAGCCGCUUGUGGGGUCACCUAGCCAAAAGGACUUCAAAAAAGACAGCGGUUCAUCCUACGCUAAGUUUGUUGCGCAGACGGCAAGCAAAAAGGGUGCGGCAAUGGCAGCGGAACCGAACGGAAGCAUAUCUGAAAUACAUAUAGGAGAUUAUAAAAAAAACUUUGGACCCAUCGUAUGGUCGGAGCCAAGAGAAAGGGGAGGAAUAUUCUCUGAUUCCUUUAUGCAGUUUACCCUGUACAAUUUAGAAGUGUGUGAAAAAAAUAUAUUUGGUAAGUACAGUAGUAACUGGCAGGGAGUAAUAGACUUGAGCAGCAAGUGCUUGGUCCUCCCCAAGAUGUUUUGGCUGAGUCUAAUGGAGUACCUACCCGUGAACAAAAAUGACGAGAGGUGUAUUCCUAAGAGUAAGGAGGUUACGUUUGAUGAGGGUACCAUACCCAGGAUGUGCUCUGUGGAUGCCACCAUGAGACCGCUACCUGUGUUGAAGUUUUACCUUGCCGAUAACGACACCGUGAGUGAUAAUAACAUUGGUGGCGUGAAUGGUUCGAGUGAAGUCCCACUUGGAGGAUCCCCACAAGGGAAGAGCAUUCAGGAAGUUCAUAUCCCGCUGGACAAUCUUAUUAUUAAUGAGGAGGGCCCGAACGAUGGCUACCUCUGCAUAUUGCCUGAUGUACACGAAGGAGUGUCUAGUGAAAACAGUGGAAGGACGACGAAGCCAUUAAUUAAGUUUGGCACGUACGUCAUUAAUAAUUUUUAUGUAGUGGUGGACCAGGAGAAUUACAGAAUUGGGUUCGCUAACAAGAAGGAUUAUCACUUUACAAAUGCCAGAUGCACACAGAGGGCCGAGUGUGUAGGAGAUCAAUUUUAUGAGCCAGCUUUGAAUAUUUGUGUGGACCCCGAUUGUUCUGUGUGGUACUUUUACACUUUAAACGAGGAAACGAAGAAAUGUGAGUCCGUCUCAUCCCGCUUCUACGUGUUCCUGGUCAUCCUAUUACUACUGCUCCUGCUGGACAUACAAUCAUAUUACUUUUACAGGAAGUCAGUGCACGUGGCGAAGGUGUCCUCGCGCUAG